AUGAGAUGUUCCGCCAGCUUCCUUUUUUCCGGUGCCCCUCCAGCUGCUGGCAGUGCUUCGGGUCAGCGUCAGCACGCGUUGCGUCCUCCUCCUCCUCCGCCCACAGGCCACCUAGACCGCGAAGGCCAGACAAGCCUUGAUGACAGGAGAAUGUCCCCGCCAGCGCUUCGACCACGCAGCCACAGCAGCAGCUGGCGCAGCCGUGCCCCUCGCCCUGUCACGGCUCGCCAACUCUGCCGCGCUAUUCUCGGUAUGGAUCACGUUGGCGUCUGCGCAGCGGCGGUUGGCAGGCACUGCAGUCCCCAUGCAACACAGGAACCGCAGACUUGUGUGCUCCCGUCAGCGUCAACCUCUAUUGCGUCUGCACCGUGUGGAGAAGGUCACGAAGUGCGUGGUCACAGACACGGUUUGCCCGAGGCCGUCCGCGCUGCCCGCCUGGGCGAGAGUACCAUUCAGCUGGAUGCAGCCGCGUGCCACCGCGUUGUUGUGUGUGGUCGCAUUGUACGCUGCAUCGACGCCUUUUCCAACGGUAGCGUCGCCGCUGCAGCACGGGCCGUCGCAUCUUCCGUGUCGCCAAUUGUGAUUCCAUAUGACCUCUUGUGGCUCUCCGACACCACCGGUGUCGUUUGCGUGUUGCGGCUCCGUCCUGCUCUUGUGCACAGGCGCGCACCGCUUCCUUCCACGAGUUGCUUGGGCGGUGGAUGGACGAACGUGCCCGCGCGCGAUGGGCGCUGCGACCCACUAGGUGCCGCUGGUGUUGGGCUGUCACACCCCUUUGCCGCUGUUGACGCCGGCGGAACUACGCCUCUUCUCAUGUCUGCAGCGGCACGCGCGUCGCUGCCGGACCGCAACUCAUGCUCGCCUGUGCGUGAGGAACGGCAGUGCCCUAAUGACUUGGGCAGUGGCGAGGUGACCCACAAGGGAAUCGGUUUGGGCACGGAGGCGACAGUAGCUAUGGUAAACCUUGGCCUCGAGUAUAAGAAUGACUAUGUCCUCAGUAUGAACGACUACGUGGUGUGUGUAGGGUCUCUUGCCUUCGCCGACGUUGAUGUACAGACGAGGCAUGCUCUGGAGUCGUAUGCCAGCGAUCUACGCCAGGCUACCUGGGCUGCAGCCACGUCUUCGCGGUCAUCUUUCUCCCCCUUCUCGGGCGACGCAGCAUCCUUCAUCGGCACUGGUGAUGCCUCCGGUGACGCGGGCUGUCCUGCGUGCGGUGCAGAUGGAAGAGAUCCCGAUAUCGAUGAGGAUGGAGCUGCGGUUAGCCUGGAACACCGCUCAGCGCCAGCACCGCCGCCGCGGCAGGCGUUUGUGUUACUCCCAGGCAGCGAGGUGCCACUGACGCUGGACGCGGCACGGGCGCAGCUGGGUGUGGUUGGAUCGCUGCCAUCGAGCACCCAUUACCUCACCGCUGCUGAAGCCGCGCAGUGGGGCUGCACGCAUUUUGAUCAUGCCGCCCCGAGCUCAACGCUGUCGUCAUUCUCGGCAUCCGAACUCCGCGACCACAGCGACGGAAGGAAGCUAGCGACCUCUGCCGGCUGGGUCACCUCAACGGCGCCCCCCUGUGCCGGGGCUGACAUGAAUGCAGUACCGCUCAUGGGCAUCAAGGGACAUCCACGCCUCGUGCUUGACACGAAUGAAUGCUUGUUUUGGUGGCUUGCGGCGGCCGAGACGCACUUGCGCUUGCGCGCACGCGCGUCAGCCCCCCUCGCCUAG